CUAAUUUUUUAAAUCAUCUCAUGCUUCCUUUAAUGUGUGCAACACCUUAUAUGAAUUAUUCCCAACUCAACCUUUAAUAAUUUUAUAUGCUACCAACACCAGCGUAUUAAAUGCCUAUUCAAAUGAAAGAAACUUGUGAUUAAGCUUGUUAGUUUCCAGAACCUAUAGAAUAAGAUGCCUUAACUAAUAAUAUGGAGAUUAUAGCAGAAAAAGAAUUGACUUCUCUGUUAAAAUAUCUCUCUAAACAUAUUUCUUUACUACAAGAUUGUAUGUUUGAAGAAUUUGUAAAGGAAAAUUUAAAAGUAUAUUAAGUUAUUAUACAUUAGACACUUUCAUCAUUUUCCAAAGACAUACCUAACAUGAUCAAAAAGCGCUAUGUUUAAGUUAAUAAAACAAAAGAGGAAAUGACAAAGUUUAUAAUUAGAAGAUGUUUUCUCUUUAUAAAAAGCUAAAUUGAAUAUGAAGAAAAAGAAGGAGUGUCUGCUGAAGAAAGAGAUAGAUUAUUUUACCAUUCUUUCUUUUCUAAUGACAAAGAAUUUAUGAAAACUUUCAAUUAAGAAUCAAUUGAUGACAUGAUUCCAUUUAGAAAGGAUUCUAAAAUGAAAACUAUGAAUGAAACAUAUCUAAGAAAAUUAUUUGCAUCACAAAGAUUCUCCAAUUUCUAUACAAAGUUUCUAUGUAUUCAUAAAUUUAAUAUAUUCUUAGCUUAAUUUAAAGAAAUUUGCAUUCAUGAAAAUGAUGAAAAAAUCGAUAAUAUGACUAAACAGAUUAUAAAAAUAAUAAUUACAAGAGAUUUUGGAGUAAAAUUUGUUUUUACUUAAAUAGAAAAUUAAAAGUUAUAGACGAUUUCCAUGGAAAGACCAUGAAGUACUUAAAUGUGAAUAGAGAGCCAAAGAACUCUACUCUAAAUAUUCAAAUUAUUCAAGUAAUAUAAAUAUUGAUAUCUUAGAAGCCAAUAAUAACAAAAAGUAUCUUUCAAAACUUGAUUCGCAUACCAUAGACAUAUUGGAUAAAUUCUCUGAAUCUUAAGAAUGA